GAUUAGUGGAGAUGCCAAGCUGGGUAUCGGGGCGAGAAGCGGGGUUGGUGGUCCUAGGCGCACAGGGAGAGAAUCUUCCCUGGCGCCUGCUGGGUGCGGCAGGACGGCUGAGUUCGCAGGCGCUGCCACGCAUCACAGCACGGGCGCGAGACCGACCGCGUUCAUCCCUGGCCAGGCCCCACCUCCCGGGAGCCGGAUUCUCACACACUGCCCGGGCCCCAAGAGGCCCUCCCGCGGGAGCCCACUUCCCCUGCAGUCGGGCGACCAAGACGAGAACAUGCUUAGGACCGGUCCACACGAGGUUCCGGUUCUGUGGCGAUCUGGACUGUCCUGACUGGGUCCUGGCAGAGAUCAGCACGCUGGCCAAGAUUUCCUCUGUGAAGCUGCGGCUGCUGUGUAGCCAGGUGCUAAAGGAGCUUCUGGGGCAAGGGAUUGAUUAUGAGAAGAUCCUGAAGCUUACUGCUGACGCCAAGUUUGAGUCUGGAGAUGUGAAGGCCACAGUCGCCGUGCUGAGUUUCAUCCUCUCGAGUGCAGCCAAGCAUAGUGUGGACAGUGAUUCCUUGUCCAGUGAGCUACAGCAGCUGGGGCUGCCCAGAGAGCAUGCCACCAGCCUGUGCCGCUGUUAUGAAGAGAAGCAGAGCCCCCUACAGGAACACCUUCGGGCCUGCAGCCUGCGUGUGAACAGGCUGGCCAAAGUGGCCUGGCGGGUGGACUACACCCUGAGCUCCAGCCUGCUCCGUUCUGUGGAGGAGCCCAUGGUGCACCUGCAGCUAGAGGUUGUACCUGCCCCUGGUGCCCUGGCCCAACCUGUUUCCAUGUCCCUGUCAGCUGACAAGUUCCAGGUUCUCCUGGCAGAACUGAAGCAGGCCCAGAACCUGAUGACGGCUUUGGGCUGAGAAGGGUGUUCCCAGCCUCUGUAGAGCUGCCCUGCCUGCACUGAGUUGGUCCCUUCACACUUCUCUUCCAAGGGUGGCCCUCUUCUCUUGGUCUCUGGCUGCCUGAUUUUCUGUGUAGGGCUCCUGGGGAUCUUCCCCAGAAUUCCCUUCUCUCCUUUGAAAGAAAGUGCUUGUCAGCCACUUUUACAGGAAGAAAGAAUAAACUCGUGUACAGCAA